AUGGAGCCGAGGUUCGUCGGCCCUGGGCCCUACCGCGCCACCCGGCUGUGGAACGAGAUAAUAGAGCUCUUUCGAGCUGGGAUGCCUUUACGAAAACAUCGGUGUCUCUUUAAAAGCUACGAGCGUUGCUUCAAAGCUUCGGAGGCAGUGGACUGUUUGCAUGAACUGCUUGGUUCUAAUCAAAAUUUUGGCCCAGAAGUGACUCGCAGUCAAACAGUUAAGCUGCUUAAAAAAUUCCUGAAAAAUCAUGUUAUUGAAGAUAUUAAAGGAAGAUGGGGCAAAGAGGACUUUCAAGAUGAUGGCCACUUGUACAGAUUUCCUCCUUCUUCACCACUGAAGCCGUAUCCAAAGAAACCUUCGUGUAGAAAGGAAGUAAUUAAAUUUCCAGACUGGGAUCAACCAAAGGCUGGCACUUCCCAAGAGCACAUCCCAGUGAAAUCUGCCACAAUUAGCUCUGAGAUGUGGUACAAGCGACACAGUAUAGCUAUAGGGGAGGUACCUGUAUGCAGACAUCUGUUCCGCAGAGAACUAACACAAACACAUAUAGAAGAGAUAUGGAAAUCCAUGACUUUAGCACAAUUACAAAAGGUCCUGGGUUUGGAUUCUCUGGACGAAGUGUUAGACACAAAACUUGUGAAUUCAACACACAUAGUCCAAAAUGUAUACAAUGUCAAUAAGCAAGGCAUUGUCACUUUAGAAGACAAAUCAAAAGAACUACCUCACUGGAUAUUAUCAGCAAUGAAAUGUCUAGCAAACUCACCAAGUUACUCAGAUUUGAAGCAGCCUACAUACUCAGGAUUUGAAAGAGAUGUCUUCAAAACUAUAUUAGACUACUUUGAACAGAAGAAAGAACCUCUUCUCACGUUUCAUUUUUUUGAUGUUUUUGUUAGCGUGUUAGGUCUACUGCAAAAACACAGCAAGGCUGUAGAAGCUCUUCAGAUAUCUUGUCUCCUGCUGCCACCGGAAAAUCGGAAAAGACUACAACUGUUGGUGAGGAUGAUGGCAAAAAUCAGCUUCAACAAGAAUUUGCCACCUCUUUCUGAAUCACUGCAGACCAGAACCUUGAUGGUUCAGGCUUUUUCCCGUUGUAUUCUAUGUUCAAAGGAUGAAAUGGACUUGGAUGAACUGCUUGCUGCUAAACUAGUAUCUUUCCUCAUGGAUAAUUACCAGGAAAUUCUAAGCGUUCCUUCCACCUUAAAAUCUUCUAUCGAAGAACAUAUUAUACAUCUCCAGAGAGUCCAAAUAAAGUAUGCUGGAGCUGAAACUGGUGCAACUUUUACUCCUCCAUCAUUUUGUCACCAAAUCGGUACAGAUGAAUUUGAAUACCAAAGGGCAACUGGCUCUCAAGAACCACUGGCAGCUUUAUUGGAAGAAAUUGCAAUGAAUAAAGAAAUAUCAGUGAAAGAUAAGAAGAAGAAACUUAAACAAUUUCAGAAAUCUUACCCUGAAGUGUAUAGAGUACGAUUUCCUACUCCUGAAACUGAAGCGGUGCUAUUUGCAGAAAAGAAUAAACAGAAACCACCAAUUCUGAUGUGGGCCUUUAAAAAGCCUUUUCAACCAUUUCACAGAACCAGAAGCUUUCGGAUGUAAAUGGUUCUAAUUG